AUGUCUACUUCUAACUCCACCGGCUUCCCUAUCACCACCUACUCGAUACCUGGUGAUGCCAACUUGCUAGCCAAUGAACGAGUGUCUUUUGCCCGUGGGCAACGACACAACCAAGCCGACGUCACUGACACCAUAGAAUUAAUGUCAGCAAAAGAUGCCUAUACCUAUCUCUUUUAUGAGACCGAAAAACGCUGCCCCCAUGUGUAUCACGCUCUUUCUUCCAUGCAUACCUUCCUUGCCAUAGACCUCGUAGCUGACGAACUCCUAAAAGCCAUAGACUCAAUACAUUCAUUGGAAAACGAGCAUUCGCAGCUCAACAGUCAGGACUCGAGUAUCUGUCGGGCAAUCCGGAUGGAAAAGUUAGUUUUGGAAUCUUUGGAACGACACUUGAGGAUGAGCUCCUCGAAUGGGCAGACGGAGUUGACAAGGGAAUAUUUGGAAUCAGGCGGGAGGAUAUUGCUAAACGAAGCUCGCACGCGAAUAGAGCGAGACGGUUGUACGAGUACUCCUCCACCCGAGUCGAGCCACUCCAGUCCCCGUUCCAUUGGGUCAAACCCAAAACCACUGUCUCCCCCAUCAUCUCCACCUCGACCAGUAUCAAACGCCCAAACCCAUCGCCUGACGAACCGACGAGGAGCCCGACGCGGCUGGCAAGAGGUGAUACUCCAGAUCCCCACCGCCAGAACUCCAUCAAAACAGCAAUCUUGUAUGUCGAAGGGACAGAAAGACAGUCCGCCUGGCACAAUGCACAGGCCUAAGACUGGCUUUCCCUCCAACCCAAUCAAUGUAGAUGACGACGCAGCCAUGAUCAAUCAGUUGUACGCAGGAACGUACGACCUGGGAGAUGACGAUCCAACCACUCCCCAAUCCAACACCUCAUCCAACACCCAACAAAAAUACCAUGAAGGUGUUCGUAACAACGCUCCAUACUGCUAA